AAGAGUCGUAUGAAACAAUUAGUUCAGGACUAUCUGAGGUAUUGAAGGAGUUGAACGACAUCAUUUCACACCCACUACUCACUGUUGAUGAAACAGAGUACCGCCUUGAGUUUUUCCUGGGUAGUGAUUACAAGUUUCUUUUACUGAGUAUGGGCCUCAACAAAGCAACCUCUAUGUACGCUUGUGUCUGGUGUACCAUCAAGAAGGAUGAAAGGUAUAUCUAUAAUUAUUAUAUGCUUAAACCUAGCUUCCCCAUUUGCCGCUAUAGGUGGGAUAUGUCAAAGGAUAGGGCUGACUACACCGUAACAAAUGCAAGAACAUUGAGUUCCCUACAAGCAAAAGGCGCACUUCCCAGCAGUAAACCAGCAAGUGUACGACUAGGAUCAAUUACAACACCACUACUGAACAUAGAGCCAGACCAUAUAAUACCCGAUGAGCUACACCUACUCCUACGUAUAGCUGACGUUUUAACAAGAAAUCUCAUUCUAGAGAUAGUGGCAUCUGCUAAACAAGACAGACAAGGAAACGCACAUAUACUCACUCACCUACAAACACUACAGACGAUCAUUAAAGACUGUGGUAUCACGUUCAGGGUAUGGGAAGCAAGGGGUCCAGAUGGCAAAGCUUCUGGACAUUACGAAUGGACAUCACUGCAGGGGAACGACACCAAGAAGUUUCUGGAACGUCUCCCAGUGAGGUUUGCUGACCUACUGAAGGAAGAAAUUCAAGCUAAAAUGGCCCAACUUUGGACAGAAUUUCUCUCUUUGUAUAAGAUGGUUUCUAGCUGGACUCCACCUCCCAGUGAAGUGGUUGAGCAAAAGGCGAAAGACUGGAUAAGGCUUUUCUUGAGCUUGAAGCACAAGUGUCAAGGGUUUCAGGAAAAGAAUAUUACGCCCUAUAUGCACACACUGGUCUUUCACUUCCCUUACUUUAUUUCAAAAUACGGAAAUGUCAAGAUGUUUAGUGGACAAGGGGUGGAGAAAAAUAAUGAUGACGCCAAGAGACACUACUUCUCCAGUAAUCUGCAUGACCCAGUGGGGGAGGUUCUGAAAGCUGAAGCGAGAAUAGACGAGACAUCACAAUUUAAGCGAAAGAAACGAAAGUACAUACGAAAAACUCCAUUAGAUUUAGUAGACAUGAACAAACAGCCACGACUUGACUCUGAAUCAUGAUUAAUUCUACCCAACAUAAUAAUAUAGUAUACUAUAUAUCCUGAUAGAUUGUACACAUUUACUAUCUUCAAGUAAAUGACUGCUAGCCUAUACUUACUUGCAGCCA